AUGGGGAAGAACCAGGCCUACAAGGCCAUGCAGCGCGCCAAGCACGCCACCACCGCGGACGGCCACCUCGAAGCUGAAGACGGAUCGGUGGAUGCUUCAUUCCACACUCCCCUGUGGCAUGCUGCACGAGUGGCGGCUUUGAAGGUGCAACGAAUCCCAUGGGAGGAAUGGAAGAAAAAGAUGAAAGAGGAUGAAGAAGGAAAAAGCAAAGUUAGAGACGAAGAAGAGAGAGUUAUGAGAGAGUACAGAGCACAGCUAGAUGCGGAUCGUGAAGCGAGGCUGGGUACCACGGCCCUUGCAACUGAGCCCAAGACGAAGAAGAGGAAGAGAUCGGAGAAGGAUCGUGAGCGCAAAAAGUCCAGGAAGAAAGACAAGAAGGAAAGGAAGGUUGGUGCAUACCCAAUGCAGACAUUGCCCACCUGCUCCGACGUGUGUGUUGAGCCAUGA